CUUUCAAUGACCUUUGGCCGCUCGCCAUCAGCUGGUCAGAAGUUUGAACCAUGGUCCGCUCCGUGAUCAUUCAGACGGUCACGCCCGGCCCUUGUAGAGUUCUGUACGCCCAGAUGUACGGCUGUGCCGGUGACCAGACCGGAAGCCUGGCUCAGACGGCGGCACGAGGCCGGCAGAAGGAGCAGGUGGCUACUGUAGCCCGCCAGGUUCAGUCCGAAUGUUCCUUCCAGCAACACUGCGCCGCAGCCGACCCAGUGGGAGAGGAGGUCAGGAGACAUCUUUCCCAGGAGGGGGCUGUAGUUCCACAAACAGGCAUCUUCCAAAUGCCACCUGGAGAACCAUUUGGAACAAAAGUGUUCACCGUGUGGCAGACAGCUGCAAACUGUGGCCUGGCGCUGGUCUGUGAGAACCAUGAGAACCGUCAGCAAGCCGCGGCCACGCUGUCUCAGAUCUUCCGACUGCUGAGACAGCACCUGCGAGUGCUGACCCAGCCUGAGGAGGUGCUACAGAAAGCGGACAGGGUGGCGGCCAUCCUGCACCACUUCUUACCUCAGGGACAGCUGCUAUUCCUGAACAGUAGGGCUGUGAGACACAAGGAGAAGGAGCUGGAGCUCAUGCUGUCUGGGAAAUGACAGUAAAUGAGUAAUGAUGACUUUAGGGAUGCUGCUGCUAAAUAUGAUACAUGAUGAGAAGUAGCUAGUUGUCCUGUCUGGGAAGGGGACAGCUGUAUAAUAUAGAGCUGUUAGGCACAUGCUGUGUGACUUUAGGGAUAGCUGCUAUUCCUAAACAGGAUUGGAUAACGUCAUCAGCAGUAUCCCUACGUGACAUGAUCACUCCAGUCAAUGCGACAGUGGUCAGCACAUCAAGCGGAAUCAUACAAUGAGGCAUCCUGAGUAGUAUUAGUAAUGCUGUGAAAAUGAGCUGUUCCUUAGAAGUAGAGCUAGUUGUUAGGGACAAGAAACUAGAACUCAUGCUGUCUGCGAAAUUAAUAUCUUCACAGAGAUAUCAACCAAAAUCAACAAAACCAAACUUUUUCUGUUGUGUUUGGUUCAUAGUAUUAUAUUAACUUGAAGCUUAUUUUCACACUUUAUCUGUAUUUUUUCCACUCCCUUCCAGCAGAUUUGCCCCCAUAAUUAGAUAUGAUAGGGCCAUAUUGUUAUAAUUGCAUGGCUGACAUGGUAAAUGGACUCUCUUGAUAUAUGUUUAUAUAGAAGAAAGCAAAAAAAAGAGCAGGAGGUUGCUGACAUGUGAUCUGAGUCAUGUUUUAUUCAGUAUCAUGGACUGCCACCAUUGGUCGAUAAGACCACUCGUUCCAGUUGACCAGUUCAGCCCAUGAGAGGAACCUUGGUGUAGAUCUGUGCCGGACCCUGACCGGACGGCAGGUUGACCUGCUGGACCCAGCUCGGCCACACGGUCCCCUUGAAACCAACCAUCGCAAAAUUACCUGCAGUAAGACAGAGAAAACAAGUGACAGAACCUCAUAGCCAUCCCUUCCUCAAAUGUCAUAAGCUUGCUUUGUGGGGAAAUGAUGAUAUGUGACAUAAAAUUCUCACAUUUCCAUUAAUUGCACCUGUCACAAUUUACAAUUGAGUUAGUAUAGUAUUUUCUCACUAAUUAUGUAAAGAAGGUUUUAAUUAGCAAGAUGUAAUGAGCACAAAUCAUAUGAAUUCAUUAAAAUUAAAUCACUUCUUUC